GACUUCGGUUGGCAUUCCCAGAAUUUUUGCAGGAGGGUUUUGUUUUUUUCCAAGGAUUUUUGCGAAUGAGAAAUUUAAAAAUUGCAACAAUGAAAUACUUGGUCAACAACGAAUGAGUGAAAUAUAGUGCUUUGUUUUGGUGGUUAAUUUGCAAUACGUUCGAAUUUAUUUUUAGUUUCUCGGGAAGAAAACUCUAAAGACAGAGGUUCUCAUUUUCAACCUUCCUAGCAUAGUUACGGAAUCUUCUCACUUCUCAGUGCAAAAACAAGAUCGUUAUAUGGUUGUAAUGAUGCACGGCCGAUGCGAAUGUUUGUGAGAAAAAACCACUUCUGUUCUUAACUGUGAUAUGCGAUUCAAUUUUGAAGAUUUCACCAGAUUCAAGUUAGUAAAGUGACUUCGUACUUGUGUCGGAGGUCUAGGUCGUUGAUUGCGAAUUGCAAAUAGAUUGUACUAUUAGAGGGAUACAUUUCUGUAUUUUCAUCCGAGCGUGUGUUUACUCCCACCUGCUUUCAGUAAUUUUGGCCUUCAGUUUCGAGUGAGGUUGUGUGAAAUAAUCUAGUUUAAUUUUUUCGCAACGCAUGGCGAAAUUACUUUUACUAGAUGGUGGAGCAUAAGGGGAUUGAGUGUUUUGGAGUUCGACGUAAGGGUAAGGUCAGAUUUUUGAGAGAAGAGGACGUCAACAAUUGCCGCCACGGCUUUUACAGAGAUGGUAGGACUCGCGGGCGGGGGUGGUCAUCUUUACCCCUCGCCCCCGAUGCAGCCUAAUCCAGAAAUCAGAGAAAUGACGGGGAUGGCACCUAGCGCCCCGACCAGUGCGGAUGCGUGUCUCAGCAUUGUACAUUCGCUAAUGUGUCAUCGUCAAGGAGGAGAAAGUGAGACUUUUAGCAAAAGAGCCAUCGAGUCACUGGUCAAAAAAUUAAAGGAAAAACGAGAAGAGCUCGAUAGCUUAAUUACAGCUAUCACAACAAAUGGAGCUCACCCCAGUAAGUGCGUUACUAUUCAGAGAACUCUGGACGGCAGACUGCAGGUGGCUGGACGUAAGGGCUUUCCUCACGUCAUCUACGCACGAAUAUGGCGCUGGCCAGAUCUUCAUAAAAAUGAACUCAAGCACGUCAAGUACUGCCAAUUCGCAUUUGAUCUCAAGUGUGACUCCGUUUGUGUGAAUCCGUACCAUUAUGAAAGGGUCGUCUCUCCAGGGAUAGACCUGUCAGGAUUGACACUGCAAUCGGGGGUUGGAGUUGGACCUGGUGGGCGCAUAGUGAAGGAUGAAUAUACGGUAGGUGGUGGAACGGGUAAUACUGCGGCUGGAGUCGGCGUAAGUACAGGAAUGGAUGUUGAUGGCGAGAUAAAUCAAACUAUUCAACAUCAUCCACCACCGCAAGCACCUGCGGCGAAUAAUCCACAGCCUCAGCAAUCGUUUAUACCUGUUCUUGCGACACCAAACCCAGCCAAUGGCGAGGGAAUGUUUAGUGGAGGCGGGGGAGUUAACGGUGGUAAUCCACACACCAAAUUGGAAGAGAGUAGUUGCCCUCGGCAGACUUGGAUUCCCACGCCUCAUCAUUCCUCGACGCGAAAUAUACACCAUUCUGUAGUACACCCGAUGGGUCACGCUGUUGGUAAUCAACAGCAACCCUUAAAUACAACAAGUGGUAACGCGAGUGGGCAGAUUUUGAACUCUACCCAGAGUCAAUCGACCGAACCCUUUUAUGGAACAUCUACACCACCUCAGGACCUUAAUCAGCCUCCGGCAGCAGUCGAUCCAUUGGCUGCGACCUUAAGUGGCAGUCAGAGCUCACCAGUGUCGCCGGUACAUUUACACCAUCAAAAUGGUUUUUCUGUAGCCACUGUUGCAAAUCCAUAUAAUACUGGUGCACCACAAUGGACUGGUGCCAACACCCUGACUUAUACGCAGAGUAUGCAGCCUCCUGACCACCGGCAUCUUCAUACCACGUCGUACUGGGGUGGACAUGGAAGCGAAGUAGGAGGAAAUUUACUCUCGAGUCAACCAGCUCCAGAAUACUGGUGCUCUGUUGGAUACUUUGAAUUGGACACUCAAGUGGGUGAAACGUUUAAAGUAAGUAGUAGUUGUCCUACCGUAACAGUCGAUGGUUAUGUGGAUCCCAGUGGGGGUAACAGAUUUUGUCUUGGAGCUCUGAGUAACGUGCACCGCACAGAGCAAAGCGAAAAAGCCCGUCUGCAUAUAGGAAAAGGCGUAGUUCUCGACUUGCGAGGCGAAGGCGACGUUUGGCUCAAGUGUCAAAGCGAACACAGCGUCUUUGUCCAAUCUUAUUACCUGGAUAGAGAAGCUGGUCGUGCGCCCGGUGAUGCGGUUCACAAAAUUUAUCCUACAGCGUAUAUUAAAGUCUUCGACCUACGACAAUGCCACAAACAAAUGAGAGGACAAGCUGCCACUGCUCAAGCAGCAGCAGCGGCUCAAGCAGCAGCUGUAGCUGGUCAUCUCACUCAUGGAGCACCUAUAACUAAAAGUCUUAGUGCAGCUGCUGGAAUUGGAGUUGACGAUCUCCGACGACUUUGCAUCUUGCGAUUAAGCUUUGUAAAGGGAUGGGGUCCAGAUUAUCCUAGACAGAGUAUAAAGGAAACACCAUGCUGGAUUGAAGUACACCUCCAUCGAGCACUUCAGCUCCUUGACGAAGUGCUGCACACGAUGCCAAUAGACGGCCCACGUGGUAUCGAGUAAUCCAAGGAUUAAAUUAGCGCAACUAGAAUCAGCGUGUUAGCUUGAUAUAUAGAGAUGAAAAAGUAAAUGCCUGGUGAUUCAAUUCUCAUGAGGGAUACUCGCCAUGCUCUUAUCGAAAAUCACCUGAUAUGUGAAAUUAAUGUUUCGCACAGCGUAUAGUAUGGAUAAUGGUAAGCGACGGUUUUGUAUUAUAGUAAUCCAGUCGAUUAUUUAUAAGACGACAUUGUUAUUUGCUACACUAUUAGAAAAAAUGUAUAGCGUUUUACUAUGAGUAUAAUGGAAGGAAUCGGCAUAAACGUACAGUGAAUUUACCAUGCAUGCUUAGUACUCUGAAUAGUGAGGAAUUAAAUUGACUGUACUUUUGUAUAGUAAGAGUGUAGUGAAAUUGCUAACAUUCUUAACAGUGCACGAAUUUCGUUCCCUUUUACGGUAAAGAGUUUUUAUAAGCUAUGAAUAACGAUGGUGACGAGAAUGCACAUGUCGACUAACAAGCACUUUCGAAAAAGCAAAACGGUGACAAAAAGUACCUAUGUAAUUUGUUCAUUUUUCAGAUGUUUAAUGGGUUUCUUUACUUUUUAAUUCAGAGAAUUCGUAUUAUCGAUUGACUUAUUACUAUUAUCAUGAUUGUAGAAACGAAAUGUUUUUAUAUUUAAUAUUAUUAUUGUUGCUGGAGAAGAGGCCAGGGACGAUUAUCAUGAACGGGACAAAGUUCUGGAAUAAAGAACACCACACGACGUGCCUCUUCUCCAUCGUUCGUCAGUGUUGCUAUUAUGACGUAGAACUUGUUGAAUACUUAUAUCUAAUAUUUAAGUUCAAUUUUAUUAUGGCGCAUUUAUGCGAAUAUUCACAUAUAUUUAAAAAUGUCUAUUUGACAAUAUCGCUGAGAGGAUUAAAAGUUGACCAAAUUGCAUUGUCUAUCAUAUGGACCGAACAGCAUUCUGGGGCAAUAACGCUAACUCGUAGAUAUGGCAAUUACCCCUCAAGUUCAUCAUUCAAUGUUAAUUUUUAAACUGCCUCCUGAAUUUUAGAACACCAGUCAUGUGUCUUGGUUCAUAAUGAAUGAGAUUUGUUUGCGUUAAAGCUCCUAAAGACACAGCCUUCGUUAGUAGUUUGAUAUUAAUAUAUUAGACAGGCAUUCAUGGAAAAAGCAACUUGAUCCCCUAUGAACCAUAAUAACUAGAUACCACGUUCUUCGUCACCAAGAUCAACACUACCGAACCAAAAAAAAAUGAAAAUAAAAAACUGUACAAAGAACGAUAUGCACUGUGAUAAGUGUGAAUUUGCAGACAAGAAGAAACGACAACAUUGAGUCGCUUCGUUGUCGAAUGGAUAAUGCCUUCAUGUGAAGAUCACACCGCCAGAGCGAAACAAAAACUCUGCCCUCCAAACAAGAAAAGUUGUAACUACAUUUUGGAUGAGUACCCUGUCAUCCCCAUUUUGGUUAGGUUAACAGGGGGCUCAUCCACAAUGCAGUUACUACUUUUCUUGUUUGGACAGCAGAACUAUGGAUUAACAAAUAGAGAAUGGAGAAAGUGAUCUCCGCAAUCAACAAAGUAUGUGCCAUCUUUUUAAUACUGUUUGCGAAGAUUAAGAUUUUAAGAAUUUUGUACGAACCUUGUAUUUUUCACUAGCAUAUAACGCGAAGACGUAGCACACUUUCGGUCAUGGUGCUCUACUAUGACGAAUAACAUAGAAUGUACGAAAGUCUGAAUGAUGAGACCGAAUUUUAUAUAUUCACAAAAACGAAGUCGAAGCUAUUUUAUUGGCUAGAAUGCGUUGCACGCCAAUUCAUAUAUGCGCACAAUGCACCUGUAACAGAGUUUUUUUAGGGAUGUGCGCUUUGAUUGUCAAAUACAUUCAUGCUAGAAUUUAUAUAUAAAAAAUACUUUCGGUGGCUUAAAAUAAUUACAAACAUGAAAAAAAAAUCUUUAUUCUUAAGAGUAUUUUACUAUUUUUUAUUGUUAAAAAUUGUAAUCGAGUAUCUGAAAGCAAACUUUUACAUCUUUUAAUUAGUUUUUAAUCGUUAAUGUCUCGGAAAAUGCGUACGUGUUCACAAAAUAAAAUAUCAUAAAUGGCUAUGAUAAUUCCAAGCGCCAAAAUGAAUUUUUAUAUUUUGUUUGAAAGUUAGAAAUGUUAUAUUCUUAACAAUUUCUAUUGACUUUAUUUGUAAAACUAUAUUACUUCAUUAUAUUAGAAAAUGUAAAAAAAUUUAGAACAGUUAUAAAUUAUUUAAAUUUUUUAGAAUUUGCUUCAAUUGAUAUGAAAAAUAAUCGAGGCUGUAUUUUUACUGAUUAAGAUUUUGCGGAUUGAAAUUAAUGUACUAGUUGAAAUUUACCUUGAACUAUUUGUGGCUGUUUUAAGAUAUUUGCAAAGUGUUUUGAAAAUUAUGUUUGCACGAAGCGCACAAUCCUAGCUCAUGUUCGUUAAUCUCAUUAACGUUCAGCGUGUCCUUGAUCUCGGUAAAAAUGUAAUCUGCAGUUUGGUAAUGUGCCAGCCUUAAUGUUUUUAGGAAUUAUAUAGAAACGUAAAUUCAAUUUCAACUGUGAACGGCGAGAUAGAUGCGAUGGCAACUUACAGGACCUUUGUAUGCCCAGUACUCAAGUGGUUACGAAGAGUAAAUUACCGUAGUGUUGAUACAUGUUUAUUAAUGUGGAUCAUGAAGUCCACUUUUUUAAUCUUCUUGAAGAAACAAUAGUAAUAUCUUCUUUGAAUCGUGAAAGUUAUUCUGCAUUAAUUCAUAAGCAUUAUUUUUAUUUGAGAGUAUGAAACUUGUACGGAUGUCAAUUUUCAAAAUAGUAGCAUCAGUACGCCUAAAUUUGAUUUAAAUUAUUUAAAAGGAAAAGAGUGAAAUCUUUGUGACCUUAACAGCAUUUGGGAUGGGUGAUAAACAUGUUUUAAAUUCUUCUUACAACUCUGGUAUUUUUCGAACUAAUGAAGAUAAUUCACUUUUUCCUUUUUGUUCUGAUCGGGGGUUCCCAUUAUUUGAAGAUACGCAAAAAGUAAAAAAUUAACCAAAACGGAAACCGAUUUUAUUAAAAUAAUUUUUGUCUUAAAUAUGCGAGGCACGGAAAAAAGUUAAAAAGCAAAAUGGUUCCAUUCGGAAGUGUCCAACAAAAAGUUCCUUUCCAAAAUAAUUAUGAACUUUUUGUAGAUCACUUGGAAUGAAACAAUUUUGCUUUUGGACUAUUUUCUGCGUGUCAGAUAUUUAAAAAAAUAUCAUUUUCAUAACAAACGGUUACUGCUUUGUUAAUUUUUAACGUUUCAGUAAUUUUUCCUGGAUUUUGAAACAAUGAAAACUCCUUCGUUAGGUUAAAAAAAGGUAAUUAUGUCAAUUGUUUGUAAACAAACACUGAAUAUGCAGCACAAAAAAUUUGUCAGUUUUUCUUUAAUUUUCGCAUGCAAUUUUUUAAAACUUCUUUUGGGAUAGAAAGAACACAAAGAAUUGAACAAUUGUCGUGUUACCGUUGCUACUAAAAUGCAAAAUGUAGAUAAAAAGAAAAUUGAAAAAUUAGGGUUUUACUUUCAAAGAAAUGCAGAAGAGAUUUUUCGCUACAAUGAAGAAAUGGGAAAGAAAUCGAUCAAAUGGAUUUAAUGAUUCUCUAUAAUAGAUAUAUGUAUAUAUCUUUUAACUUUUGCAUAAACGUAUACUGGCGAGACCCUAUUGUGUCUAUUAAUGAUAAUAAUAUAUGAAUAAGUAACGAAGAAAUGAGUACAACACUUAAGCAUCUGUUAGUCUGUAUGAAAAGAGCACCUAAUGUACCUUUACAAACUACAUUUCCAUUGAUCAUUAUUGAAACUGAAGACUCUUGUUUUUGAUACAAACAAUACAUAUUACAAAAGUGCAAUAGUCCUAAACUCUAGCCGGCAAUAUACCUUGAGCAGUAAAACAAAAAGGUACAUUAAGUACGUAAAUUAUGUUAACGAUGUUUAAGAACGAUGGUUUGCUAUGCCAUAAAACGAAAAAUUGUAAUAAUGAUGUACCUUCCCCAGCGAUUUUCCUAUCGCUCACUAUUAACAAUAAGUAAAAUUCGUAAAAAAAAUUUUGGUGACUGCUGCUCUCCGCUCUUUACCCUCAUUACGUAUUAAUUUUAUCGUGCCAAUACGUUUUGAAUUUGCCAAAAACCUGUAUAUUUUCCACAGAAGUGAAAGCGAAAAAAAUAUUUUAAGAUUCAGUAAAGUCCUGCGUCGUUUAACUGUACGUGGCGGUGACACGACAUUUUGACUUUUUUAAUCGACUCAACGGCGAUGCAGGAUUCCAAGAUCUCCAGUUUUGGAAAAACAGCCUCUGUGAUAAAGCAGCGAUAAUUUUUAGACUUGUGAAUUCAACGACCGAAUGAACAAUGUUUUCGAACAUAUGGCCAAUGGAGCAUUCGGAAAAGCUUGAUGUUUAAAUUUGUUUUUAAAAAUUAAAUUCAUAAAAACUUUCACGAUUUUUUUAAUGGUGUCAACUAAAACUUGACUCCUUUGUUUACAAAUUUUAAUCUGCUGUCUACAGUGCGAAAUUUUUUGAAAAUAAUAACGAGCAGCGCUUCGGUAUACACUAGCAGGAUCUAUUAAGUUGAAUUACAGCAUUAAGUUUGUAGACAAAAUUAAAGUUUAUAUAACAGGCACCAGAUUCAGAAUGAACGACCCUGAAAACUUAUGGCUAUGGUGGUCUGGUUCAGUGACAAUGCUACUUUUAUUUUUUUAAUUGCCUGUAUUAUUUAUCACAAUGUAUGAGCAAACCUUGCUACUAAUAAUUAAUCAUAGGCCAAACAGAUUUAUUUUAAAAUGCAUACUUUUUCUUAUGCGAUUAAUGGGUUUUUUUACCGAAUGAAAUAGUACGUGUCUAAACCAAAGAUGUUCGGAUGAUAUAUUUAUUGUUGCAUUACGAUUAACUGGGAAAUGUAUAUUUACUCAAAGCUGUACACAACUAUUCUCAAUAAUAAAUAGUGUCACAACCCGAAAUAAAAAGAGGAAUCUGAUAC